CGAUGCUCCCACUGCUGCAACAAGGGCCACAACUCCAGGACCUGCCCCGUCCGCGGCGGCGGCGGGGACGGCGGGGCGCGGCGGCCGCCCCCUCCUCCUCCUCCCCUCCACCUCCUCCUCUGGCGCCGCGGCGGCGGCGGCCUCGGCCUCGGCCUCCGGCGGCGGGGUGAAGCUGUUCGGGGUUAGGUUAACGGACGGGUCGAUCAUGAAGAAGAGCGCCAGCGUGGGGUGCCUGUCCGCCGCCCACUACCACUCCUCGUCCUCCGCCGCGGCAUCCCCGAACCCCGGCUCGUCCCCGAUCGACGGGAGCGACGGCUACCUGUCCGACGAUCCCGCGCCCGGCUCCCGCUCGUCCAAUCGGCGCGUCGAGAGGAAGAAAGGUAACCCAUGGACGGAGGAAGAGCAUCGAAGGUUUUUAAUUGGUCUCCAGAAAUUGGGUAAAGGAGACUGGCGAGGGAUAGCUCGUGACUUUGUGACUACAAGGACUCCUACUCAAGUGGCAAGCCAUGCCCAGAAGUAUUAUAUCCGGCAGAGUAAUGCUGGCCGAAGAAAGAGGCGCUCCAGCCUUUUUGACAUGGCUCCAGAUAUGGCUACUGCUGACCAACCCUCACAUCCAGAAGAAACAUUUCUGCCUCCUUUGGUCAGACUUAACGAUGAUACUAACUCAACAACUUCAACCAGUAUGGGACUCGAUUUGGAAAGAACGCCUAUGGAGACCUCGCACCCAGAAACAUCUGAAGGGGGCGGUGAUGUUGCGAUGGAAUCAAUUGAUCAAGUACCUCUUGUACCCUGUUACUUCCCAUACUAUUUACCACUACCCUUUCCCAUGUGGCCGCCCAACAUGGCGCCUCCUGAAGAUGGAAGGGUGGUGGAGACAUCUCAUCACCGUGUGCUAAAGCCAAUCCCAGUAAUUCCAAAAGAACCCCUAAAUAUCGACCAAAUAGUUGGAAUGUCUCAGCUAAGUCUUGCUGAGAAUGAACCUGCACCACUCUCUUUGAAGUUUCUCGGGGAAACAUCUCGACAGUCAGCAUUUAUCAAGGCGCCUUCUUCAGUCAAUGAAUCGGAUCUCGACAACUGCAAGGAUGGCGCCACUCAAGCAGCUUGACUCGUGCCUAAGAUCAGCGACGGUUUAGUUCUUGUGAAUCUUUCUGUAAAACCAUCUGUAUUGGUGUCCUCCUUUUCCUGUUGUAUCUGCUUUCUUUAGGCUUUCUUCUCCACACAGCCCUAGCUAGAUCAUACUUCUCUAAGUAUUUAUUCUUUUUGCACUAUGUGGAUGGAAUCCAAAAUAAACUUAGUCCCAAGAUUCGGGCAUUGUUGCAAGCUUCUCACUUGGUAAUACAGCAGGAUUGCCCAA